CUGCCCGCCGCCCAUCGGCCCUUCCGCCUCAUUCAGCCGCGCCGCGGAGCGGGACAGGCACGGGCCAUGGAUCGGACAGCGGGCAAGGAGCUCGCCCUGGCGCCGCUGCAGGACUGGGGCGAGGAGACCGAGGACGGAGCGGUGUACAGCGUCUCGCUGCGUCGGCAGCUCAGUCAGCGCCUGAGCCGGGGGACGGGGCCCGCGGGCAGCCAGGCCCCCCGCCCCGCUGCGGACGCCUUCGUCCACUACCGCACGAGCAAGGUGCGGGCGCUGAGGGCGGCGAGGCUGGAGCGGCUGGUGCGGGAACUGGUGUCUGGAGACCGCGAGCAGGACCCCGGCUUCGUGCCUGCCUUCCUGGCCACUCACAGGGCUUUUGUGUCCACUGCCCGCGUGCUGGGCCUUCUCCUGCCGCCACCGCCACCGCCCUUGCCUCCAGGGAUAGAGAUCGAGAAGACAGAGGGAGGAGGUCUGCGUGUCAACAAGAACUUAAGGGCUGUGGUAUCCGUGCUGGGCUCCUGGCUUCGGGAUCACCCUCAGGAUUUCCGGGAUCCCCCUACCCACCCGGACCUAGGCAGCGUCUGCACCUUUCUGGGCUGGGCGGCCCCAGCAGGGCCAGAGGCCCAGGAGGCAGAGAAGCUGCUAGGAGAUUUCCUGGAGGAGGCUGAGCAAAAGCAGGAAGAGGAGCAGCCUGAGUCACGGACAGGACCUCCUGGCGCUGCCCAGACCCCUCGCCCCGACUCCCCAGAAGGCUGCUGGGAAGAGGAGGAAGGACCGGCGCGGGAAGGCCCUGAGCUCCUAGACUUUGGCGUAGAUGACGUGGCUGAACAGCUGACCCUGAUGGAUGUGGAGCUCUUUUCAAAGGUGCGGCCCUGCGAGUGCCUGGGCUCCGUGUGGUCACAGCGGGACCGUCCAGGGGCCACAAGCACUGCCCCCACUGUGCGUGCCACUGUGACCCAGUUCAACAUGGUGAUCGGUUGCAUCCUGGGCUCGGUGCUGGGAGAGCAGGGCCUGGCCGCCCCGCAGAGGGCCCAGCGGCUGGAGAAGUGGAUCCGAAUUGCCCAGCGCUGCCGGGAACUGCGGAACUUCUCCUCCCUGCGCGCGAUCCUGUCCGCCCUGCAGUCGAACCCCAUAUACAGGCUCAAGCGGAGCUGGGGCGCCGUCAGCCGGGAACGGUUAUCCACUUUCAGAAAACUUUCGCAGAUUUUCUCCGACGAGAACAACCACCUCAGUAGUAGAGAGAUGCUUUCCCAGGAGGAGGCCGCUGAGGGCCCCCAAGAGGAGGACACCAUCCUAGGAAGCCUGCCCUCAAAACUGCCCCCGGGCCCUGUCCCCUACCUUGGCACCUUUCUCACGGACCUGGUUAUGCUGGACACAGCCCUGCCGGAUAUGCUGGAGGGGGAUCUCAUCAACUUUGAGAAGAGGAGGAAGGAGUGGGAGAUCCUGGCCCACAUCCAGCAGCUGCAGAAGCGGUGUCGGAGCUACUGCCUGAGUCCCCGUGCACCUGUCCUGGCUGCCCUGCGUGACCAGCGCCAGCUCAGCGAGGAGCAGAGCUACCGUGUCUCCCGUGUCAUUGAGCCACCCGCUGCCUCCUGCCCCAGCUCCCCACGUAUCCGGCGGCGAAUCAGCCUCACCAAGCGCCUCAGUGCAAAGCUGUCCCGAGAGAGGGGCUCAUCCCCUGGUGGGAGUCCUGGGGACCCCUCAUCUCCUGCCUCCAGUCUGUCCCCAGGGUCCCCCCCAUCUAGUCCUAGAAGCAGAGACCCUCCUCCAGGCAGUCCCCCGGCCUCUCCAGGGCCCCAGGGCCCCAGCACCAAGCUGCCCUUGAACCUGGACCCGCCAGGCCCCCGCCCCUCGACUCUGCCCCUGAGCAGCUCUCACAUCUCCUUACCGGGGCAGCAGGGAUCAGAGGCUCGAGUCAUCAGAGUCAGCAUUGACAAUGACCACGGGAACCUGUAUCGGAGCAUCUUGCUCACGAGCCAGGACAAGGCCCCCAGUGUGGUGCAACGAGCCCUACAAAAGCACAAUGUGGCCCAGCCCUGUGCACGUGACUACCAGCUCUUCCAAGUCCUUCCCGGGGACCGGGAGCUCCUGAUCCCGGACAAUGCCAAUGUCUUCUAUGCAAUGAGUCCAGCCACCCCUGGAGACUUUGUGCUGCGGCGGAAGGAGGGGGCCCGGCCCACAACCACAGUCUCCUUACCCUGAGGGGGCCCUCUUCUCCCUCUAGGACGCAGGCCCCACCAGCAGCUUGGGGCCUGGCUUCUGUCACUAUGGGAGAGGGGAGAGGGCUCCUCUCCCAGAAAGGUCCCAUUCUCCAGCAGAGCCCACUGUGCUCUGUAACCCAUGACCCCACCCCUGCCCCCAACUUCAACCCAUUGGACACCAUCUCUCUGACCCCCUUGGCACCGGAUCCUUAUUCCAAAGCCCAGCCCACAGGUGAAGAGCUUCACCCUGUAAACAGAGAAAGCUGGUAGGGCGCUGGGAGGUGGGGUGGGGUGGGGGGUGCAGUCAGACCCUUCCCCUGAGAAAUCUUGUAACUGAUGGAGACAUAUCAGAACUGAUAGAAGUGGAUUGUCCUGAGUGAUGAAGAUGAAGCAGGAGGUCUGUCUUGUCUGUUCUGACCUUGUGCCUCAUGCUCUCUCUCAAGAUAGAAAUUAAAAACCAAAAAUAAGGGGCCACCUGGGUGGCUCAGUGGUUGAGCAUCUGCCUUUGGUUCAGGUCAUGAUUCUGGGGUCCUGGGAUCAAGUCCCACAUCAGGCUCCCCACAGGAAGCCUGCUUCUCCUUCUGCCUGUGUCUCAGCCUUUCUCUCUGUGUCUCUCAUGAAUAAAUAAAAUUUUUUA